CAUAUUUCAUUGACAUAUACAGACAUUUUGUUUGGAUGUCGUCUCUCCUUCAUCUUAUUUGCGAUAAAGCAUACAUUAAGCAUUACUUUUAGUUCAUGAACAGUUAUCCGAGAUGUGUCAUAGUUAUUUAUUGUUGUGGAUCUCAGUGGUACCUUUAUGGAUACAUGGCCUGGUUAUAGAAGAUUUUGUUUUGUCGGGGCCUGGGUUGCCAAGUGCAGGAUUAUUGAUGGCGAAGGUUAACGGUACAUAUGGUGCUGUCCGCUACAAUUCACGCUUCCAAAGGAAGGACGCUCUCGACGACCUAGUUUGUCGAACAUUUGGAUACGUAAAUGAGUCGGUGGUGCAUCCCCCACACUGGCCACAGUUAUAUACCACAGAGGCGGCCCUGAGCAUCAAUGGAUGCCCGGACAGUCUGUCGUCACUGUACGAACUCAACACUUCCUGUAAAAUCAUUCCUGGAACGUUUCCGUAUGCCCUAGACAACUUAUUCAAGAUCGUUAGCUGUAUCCCGUUAGUAUUAGUGGACGGUCCGUCCCCACUUGAGGGCCGGCUGGAGGCGGGAUUGUUUGGUCAGCUUCAAACUGUUUGUGGGCAUGGCUUCGAUGGCAAGGCGGCAAAUGUUACGUGCACGUCACUAGGGUACAGCGGGAUGCGCACCUUUCGGACCACAACAGAGAAUGUGCCCGGUAAGCUACCCCUGUAUACUCGCAACAUCCAGUGCACGGGCAACGAGCCCUCACUCGAGAUGUGCCGUCACACCGGAGAUCCUGCCGCGCCAUGCACUCGAACAGGCGUUGUGAGUGUUGCAUGCCAUGGAGGACCAUUGAAGUUGGAGCCAGUUAUGGGCAAUCGGUCAUACGAGGGUAUAUUGGUGGGUUACCAUGACAACCUUUGGUACGACGUCAUUGGUCAGGUCUCGGAAACAACGGCAAAGACCUUUUGCUCCAUUCUUGGAUAUGGUCAUGUCGGAUUCAGCACUAGCGCACGUCUUGUCAAAAAAAUGGAAUACUACAAACUGGAUGUUGUAUGUCAUGGUCAGGAGACCUACAUAGAGGAGUGUCAGGGCGAGCUCAAGUACUGCUUGGACCAGAGAUAUUGGGAGUAUUUCAAAUACGACAAGUUAAUCCAUGUGGUUCUUUUUUGCUCAGACUACAAACUGGAUAAUAUCAGCCUAUCUGCAUCAGGCGUUUUACAAAUAGACGUAAACAGCCAGAUAUGGGCGGUGUGUGCCGUAAACUUCACCAUUGAAACAGCCAAUAACAUCUGCACUGUGCUUGGGUUUAGAGAAACUAAAAGCUCUGGAAUGAUGACGGCCAUAGAGGAACCGGAUAUGGAAAUCCUAGGAUCUAUCUAUUGUGAGCCGAAUGCAAGGAGCGUUGUCGACUGUCACAUCAAACAUCAGUUUCACAAUCGCCUGUACAGCCCAUCGAAAGCGUGUAAAGACUACGUUGUGUUGACAUGCAACUGACGCUACGCAAUAUUCACAAUUGCCAUGCCCGCAUGACUUGGACAAGACGGCUGAUUAAAACUGAAAUAUUUAAUAUUUUGAAAUCAUACAACUGUACAAACUUAUACUUGGGUAACUGUUAUAUCUUAAAAUAAAUGCUACGGUCUAAGCAAAAAAAUCUAUUAAGUAUAAGAAAGAUUCAUAUCAUGUGCUAAAGUAACAUAUAUAAACCUAUAUGAUAAGUUACGGGAUUAUUAGUUAACCCGAUAUGGGAUAUAAGCGGUAGAAGAAACCAUAUCGGAAGAGAGCGAAGCUCGAACCCGAUUAUGGUUAGUGUUUCCCCCUAGCUCCGUAACAUAAUCAUCGCUUCGACAAGCUGUUCAAGACGCCAACACAGAUUGGGGAAAUGUUUCAUUUUUUCAUCGGAAUCGGAAAAUAGACACCAUUUUGGUACGAUAAAAAGAUAGGUGAAUAAAUAUAAAUAAAAAAAAUAUGGGGUCACUCCGUGACCGGUUCUGGACCAAUUGCUUUGCUUCAUUCAUGUUGGAGGUGGGAUAAAUGGAUUGACUCAUUGAAAGGGCAAUGUUCCAAGUCCUAACCUUCGACAGCCAAAGUCAAUUCUAGGUCAUGAUUGGAAUAGCGAAUAUAAAUCAAGAUAAUGUCAUGUUCAUUUAUCAAUUUUAUACUGCGUAGGCAAUUCUUUACGUAGGGAACUUAAUUGUAUGCCGUCUAGAUGAUAACUGUAAUUGCUUCUAUUUCCAGGGACCGUAUUGAAUAAGCAACUUAGAUAUAACUUAAAUAUAAGAUAAGAUGAGAUAAGAUAAAUUUUAUUCCAAUCAUGGGUAAUGUUAUAUGACAUAUAAAUUACAGAUUACAUAAUGAAAAAAAUAAAUUGAAACAGUAAGGCAACAUAUUUAGUAAAUGCAAAUAAGGCUUCAUUUUGAUUUUUUUUUAACACAAAUAACAUAAACUUAUUUGGAAAAUUAAUAAGCAUGUUUCCCAUUUCCUUUUUAUGCCUUAAAGUAAUGUAAAUGUACUAUUUAAAUCCAGAGUUGAUGUUUAUAUGUGAUUAUAACUUACAAAUAGGAAUCAUGUUUAUAAUGAACCACAAAUAAGUAUUUAUAAAACAUUCAACAGGAGACAACAGGAAAAAGAAGGAUUUCAUUCAUAAAUUGACAAUCAUUAUUAAGUCACUACUGAUAACCUCCCAAAUGAGUAUAAUCAGAUAUCUAUAAUGCACAAUGUUAUUGAUCAACUAAAAUAUGGCAUAAUUUUGUGAAAUGUACAUUGUAAUUAUGUCAUUUCACCAAACAUGAUGGUCUUAUUUGGAAACAUUUAUAUACAUAGUUGCCUAAAUUUAAUAUCACAUAUUUACUUUCAUUACUGAAGAGCAAAAUAAACUUGUUAUUUUUUGAUAAGGAUUUAAAGUUGUUAUUUUGACUAACAAUACUGUCAUAAAAUAGUUUUCGCUGCUUAUCAUAAGCUUUACAGUCGGUAAUAAAAUGGACUUCAUCUUCAACCUCUGUAGAAUUACAAAUUUUACAAUGAUGACUAUAUGUACGUUGGUUUGCUGUAAUAUGCUUGUAUCUGCCAACUUCUAUUUCUAGCUUAUGAGAGCUUACUCUUAAGUUUGAGAAACAUGUUCUAACAUCAUGGGUUUUAAUAAGACUUCAGUAUGAUUCUCUGCAAAAAAUGGUUUUAAAUAAGGAAUAUGUUCUCAGUUUGCUUGAUUCAGCCAAUAUUUUUAUAAAAUUUUGUUUAAACAGAGAUACAAGUUUUCGUUUUACAAUCUUGGGCAAAUGUUUAUUAUACAUAGAUGUAUGCGGUUUUUGAAGAUAUUUCAGUAGAAGUUGAUAACUAGUUAGAUACCCAGCUAUUUUUUCUAUUUUCAUAAAGUAAAUUACUUUCUGCAAAAGCGCUGUCUGUAUCUGCAGAUAACAAUCGAUAAUAAUACUUGACUGUACUUAUGAUUAUAUCAAUAAACAAUGGGAAAUGCCCUAUAUCACCAACAA